UGCGCUGACCCUCGUCGCCAUUGGUCCAUCCCCAUCCCCUGGAGGCCAUGGCAAACCAAUGGGAGUGUGCGCUGCUGCAUUCAGAGCGGGUGUUGCCCGUGGUGGAAAGUUUAAAAGGUGUGUGUCCCGCUGUGCCUCAGCAGAAGCAUCCAUCAACAUGAUCCCCAUUGUGCUGGCCUCAGUGCUCAUUGCUAGCGCCCUUGGGUGCGGCACCCCCGCUAUCGAGCCCCUGACUUCCCGUGUGGUCAAUGGAGUCGACGCCAAGCCCCACAGCUGGCCCUGGCAGAUCUCUCUGCAGUACGAGAGGAACGGUGCGUGGAGGCACACUUGUGGAGGAUCUCUGAUUGCUGAAUGGGUCAUGACUGCUGCUCACCGCAUCAACGAGAAGCUGAAAUACAGAGUCCACGUCGGAAAACACAACCUGGUGGAGCUGGAGGCCGGCUCCAAGGCCAUCCUGACCGACAAGAUCAUCGUCCACAGGCAGUGGAACCCGGUCCUAGUGGCCAUCGGAAAUGAUAUUGCCCUGAUCAAGCUGUCGGAGUCUGUGACUUUGAGCGACCAUGUGCAGCUGGCCUGUAUCCCUGCAGCUGAGACUCUGCUGUCUAACCUCUCCUCCUGCUACAUCACCGGCUGGGGCAGGCGGUCCACCGGAGGCUCCAUUGCUGAUAAGCUGCAGCAGGCUUUGAUGCCUGUGGCCGACCAUGAGACCUGCACGCAGUCCGACUGGUGGGGCGUCGCCAUCAGGAGGUCCAUGGUGUGUGCCGGAGGGGAUGGAGUCGUCGGUGGAUGCAACGGCGACUCCGGUGGUCCUCUGAACUGUCAGAACAGCGAGGGCACCUGGGAGGUCCACGGCAUCGCCAGCUUCGUCUCUGGUCUUGGCUGCAACUUUGUGAAGAAACCCACCGUGUUCACCAGAGUCUCCGCUUUCAACGACUGGAUCGACGAGGUCAUGAUGAGCAACUAA